CUGGGACUUCGAGAGGUCGUCAGGUCCCGCCCCCUGCACAGAGGCAGCACCGAGUUACCCCGGGACCUUCCCUGAUGGAUGUUUGUCCAACUUAAGUUUCAGGGUUUCCAGUGGCAGAGGCGCCACACCCCCUGUUCCAAUGUAAAUCGCACCGAGAGUCAAAACCACGUUUCCUCAUAUCGAACCGAAAUCUGCCCGGCUGCAGGCUCAGCCCGUUGCUUCUUGUCCUGCUUCCUGUGGACAUGGAGAAGAGUUGAUCCCCACCCCCCUAGAACGGCCGUCCCAAUGCCGAAUAGAUCCCGUAUCCCGCGUACUACCUGGACUCGUACUACAGGGCCCCCUGCUCCCCGAGUGGACAUCUCAAUCAAGGUGGAACGGGAGGAUGAGCCCCAGUGCACGGAUUCCCCAGACUUCGUGGUGGCGGUGAGGCCCCAGGGGUAUCCUGGCGUCCCACGUGGCUUAGUCAAGACCGAAGCAUGUGACCAGGUAGAUGUCCUGGACUCUGCAGAGAGACCAGCGACCCACGGACACUCCACAGGGAUAACACAUCAGACAAAGUUAAUGGCGCAAAGCAGCAACAGUUCAGGUCUUUUGAAUGGGAAGUUUACGUUUAAAAUACUUCCGGAUGGUUCUCUGUCUAAACGGACGGUUCUCUGUAGCUAUUGCAAGGCUGAGUUCCAAUACCAUAGAAGCACUGCGAGUCUGAAGUACCACCUACGUGCUAAGCAUGCUUUUGCCUCUGGAUUGUCUGCUACAGAUAACCCACCUCCACGACAGAGCACAGUUACUAAGUUUCAGGAUCGCGACAAGCCCCUGGAUCAAACAAAAUACAACACCUUAACCAAUGCUAUUGCCAGGUGGAUAGCUAUAGACUGCAGACCACUCGACAUUGUCAAUGACAGAGGGCUAAGAGAGAUUAUUCAAAUAGCAUCUUCCAAUCAGUCAUACACCUUGCCCUCCCGAGGAACCAUUGCAUCACGAAUAAAUGACCUGUAUGACAAUGAGAAGACUGCCAAGUUGGAGCUUCUGAGAAAUGCACCGGCUGUUGCUUUGACUGGUGAUCACUGGUCAUCCUCGAGCAAUCAGAACUAUCUUGGUGUCACGGCACACCUGAUUGAUACUGCAUGGACACUACAGUCGUUUGCCGUGACGGUAAUUCCUACUGAAGAGAGACAUUAUGCCGAAGCAUGUGCAGAGCGUUUCAUGGAUGUUGCGGAAGAAUGGAAUAUCCAAGAAAAGGUGACGACAGUUAGUACCGACAGUGCGUGUAAUACAGUAGCAGCGACCAGUCGCUUGUCGUUUGAACACAUGGCGUGUGUUGCUCACAGUCUGCAGCGAUCCAUUACCGUAGCCCUGACUGAUGGUGGUUUUGAAAACGUGCUGGUAAAAUGCAGAAAACUUGUAGGCCAUUUCACGCACAGCCCAGCUAACGGUGCAGAGCUAGGAGUACAGCAAGCGGCAAAUGGUCAGAAACAAGAACCUCUGGUACGAGAUAUGUCACCCAGAUGGAAUUCCACAUUGGCUAUGAUUCAGAGCCUGCUUUGCAAUAAAGCCGCUGUCACAUCCGCGUUAGCUCUUCAGAAGCACCGUCUAUCCAUGCCAACAGAUGAAGAGUUUGAAAAACUGCAAAAGCUAGAAACGUUACUUGAGCCCUGCAGGUUUGUGACUGAACUUCUUGGGGGGGAACUGUAUGUUUCUUGCUCCGUGGUUUUACCCGCAUUCUGCCAUAUAGUCCAAGUUAUGGCAGUCUCUGAUGAUGACCCAGCAUAUGUGGUUAGAUUUAAGACCACUUUCACAACAGAUUUUACCAAACGCAAAGAAGGUACCAAUCUGAGGUUCCUAAAAAUAGCCACAGCACUAGACCCCAGGUUUAAGAAUCUGAAGUGCCUUCCAAAAUCUGAGCGGGACGAGGUGUGGAACAUUUUGUCAGAAGUCUUAGAAGAGCAAUCCCCCGAUGCAGAAACUAGAGAAACCGAACCACCACCCAAAAAAUUAAACCUGCUGCUGCUGGCAUCUGAUUCAGAUGAUGAAAAUGAACAUGGUUCAAUCCGCACUGUUCUGGAUCGUUAUCGGGCAGAACCCGCCAUCAGCACGAACGCGUGUCCUCUGGAAUGGUGGUCGAAGCGUGAAGGGGCAUACGAAUCUUUAGCGCCUCUGGCACGUAAAUAUCUUGCUACGCCGGCUACAGCAGUUCCAUGCGAACGUCUGUUUUCACUAUCAGGUGACGUUGUGAACAAAAAGCGUGCAGCAUUAUCUCCCACAAAUGUAAACAAGCUUGUUUGUCUUAGUGAUUGGCUGAAAAAUAAGUAGGACUGAGUGGCCUUGUGGGGUCUAACGUUUUACAU